GAGUCCAAACAGGCAAACAGUGCAGCUAGAGAGAGGACAGACGGUCUCACACGAGAGUGGUGAUAGAAACGAGAGAGGAGGGGUGGUUCAACUGAGGAGAGGGGAGGCGGGGCAGUGGCUGGGAAACAACAGGCGCACCAUGCGGCUUUGGGCGGUGCUGAUUGCGCCGGCGAUAGUCGCUCUCUGCGAGGGCGUCUGGCUGAAAGGAGGCAUCCCUCACUCGGGUUUCGUCUCGAGCAGCAGUAGCGGCGGCGGUGGCAGCCACAGCAGCAGUAUCAGCAGCGGCGGCUGCUGCGGCGGCAGCGGCUUCAGCAGCAGCUUCAGCAGCUCCUUCGGCGGCGGCCUUCCUGGUGUAUCUGGCAGCUCCAGCGUCCUAGGCGGUGGUCACCACGGUCUGGCGGCCAUGCACGGUCACCUGGCAGGUCUGAAGGGCGGACACACCGGCUCCCUGGCGGCCAUGAGCGGUCGUCUCACCGCCUUGGGUGGCGGCGGAGGACUAGGUGCGAUGGGCGCCCGCCUCACUGCCGGAGGAGGAGGAGGAGACUCUCUUGGAGGUCUGGCGGUCAGGGGCGGCUUCUCACCACUGGGAAAUGGUCAGGGUGGUCAGCAAACUGCCGGACUAUUUGGAAACUUGGGAGUCCUAGGGGCUGGCCAAGGAGACGCAGGCGUUUUGACUGGCGUCACUCAGGCCAGUUCGGGUUUUGGGCAGGCUCAGGGUUUCGGCGGCGGCGGCGGCGGCGGCAGCAGCAGCAGUAGCAGCAGCUCCAGUAGCUCCCAGGUCAGCGUUGGUGGGAGUCCAGCAGCGUGUCCCACGUGUCAGGGAGCUUUUGGAGGAAGCGCAUCUUCGACCCUCAAUCUCGGUCAGGGUGGAGCCUUCGGCGGUGGGGGUACCGGUUCACAGAACAACCUGUUCUCCUUCGGCCUGGGAGGGCUGGGUCUUGGCGGGGCCAGCCAUCACCUUCUUGGACUGGGAAGUGGACAGCAAGGCGUCUCCCUAAACUUCGCUCAGAACGGAGCUAACCAGGCGCAACAAGUCCGAGUUCAGGGAGGGCCCGAAGGAGAGUUACCUGGUCUGGGCAGUCAACAAGGUGCUGCUGAGCUAAUUCCAAGUGCACCAAGUAACGGAAAUGCAGGCCCGGGUGUUCAGAACACACCAAAUGCUAAACUGAGUGGUAAAAACGUUCGCAAUGAAGAAGGUUUAGAGGGUCAGGCCAGUGCUCCGAGCAGCCAGGGUGUACCCUUCCCAAAACAAAACGGUGGAGCUGGCAGAGUUGGAGGUCCAGAGAAUAGCCCGUCAGGAAAUAACGGCAUAGGCCGGGGCGGUGCGCCAAGUGGUCCUAGUGGCCGUGGUGCUGGACCAGAUAGCCAAGGAAAUGGCCAAAAUGGUCGAGGUAGCUCACCCGGAAAUCCAAACGGCCGGGGAGGCGGUCCUGAUGGUCAAGGUAGUGGCCCGGGAGGUCGAAGAGUGCCCUUCGGAGACCCGAAUAGUGGCAGAGGCGGUGAUCCAAACGGUCCUUCAUCUGGCAACAAUCUGGGUGGUCGUGGUGGCGGACCAGGAAAUCAAAAUGGCCGAGAUGGUGAGCCUCCUAGCCAGAGAAAUGGCCAAGGUGGUAGAGGAGGCGGCACAGGAGGCCAAGGUGGUCGAGGUGGAGGACCAAAUGGCCAAGAAGAUGGCCAAGGUGGUCGUGGUGCACCGUUUGGAGGUCCGAAUGGAGGCAGAGGGAGAGGUCCAGGUGCUGUUUCAGGCGAUAACCUUGGCGGACGAGGUGGUGGGCCAGGGAACCAAAAUGGCCGAGGUGGAGGGCCAGAUAACCAAGGAAAUGGGCAAGGAGGUCGUGGUGGCGGACCAGGAAAUCAGAAUGGCCGAGGUGGUGGUCCAGAUGGCCAAGGAGGAAGUCAAGGUGGCCGCGGAGGUGGACCAGGUGGUCAGAAUGGCCGAGGUGGCGGUCCAGAUGGCCAAGCUAGUAGCCCAGGGGGUCGGGGUGUACCCUUCGGAGCCCCAAAUGGUGGCCGUGGCGGUAAUUCCAAUGAUCCUUUAUCCGGUGACAACCUGGGUGGUCGAGGGGGUGGACCAGGAAAUCAAAACGGCCGAGGUGGAGGACCAACUAGCCAAGGAGAUGGCCAAGGUGGCCGGGGAGGUGGACCAGGAAACCAAAAUGGCCGAGGUGGAGGGCCAGAUAGCCAAGGAAAUGGACAGGGAGGUCGUGGUGGUGGACCAGGAAAUCAAAACGGCAGAGGUGGCGGACCAGAUGGCCAAGGAGAUGUCCAAGGUGGUCGUGGUGGUGGACCAGGAAAUCAAAAUGGCCGAGGAGGAGGACCAGAUGCGGAAGGUAGCAGCCCAGGGGCCCGAGGAGUGCCAUUCGGAGGCCCUAAUGGAGGCAGAGGUGGAAAUCCGGUCGAUCCAUCCGGUUCUAGCCUAGGUGGUCGCGGUAGCGGACCCGGAGGUCAGAGUGGCAGGGGUGGAGACCCGAUCAGCCGAGGAAAUGGCCAGGGCGGUCGCGGCGGUCAACCAGACAAUCAGAACAAUCUGUCUGGUCCGGAAGGUCAGGGCAGCGGCCCAGGAGUCCGACGGGUGCCCUUCGGAGGUCAGGGUGAAGGGCCAACCGGGCAUGGUGGUGCGAAACCGAACAAAGGGCCAGCCAUUCAACGUGACCAGUUGAGUAAGAUAAAAGAAGCUGUGGAAAAGUUAAACAAAGAAAUGAACGAGCGCGUUGAAAAGCAGAAUGAAAAAAUACAGAUCAACGGCCCAGGUGGAAAUCAGGUCACUCCGGAUGGUGGAAGCAGGCUAAACGGACUUCUGCGCGGCACGAACACCAAUAACGUGGCCGACAACAGUGUAUUUGAUGACCAUGUAGACGUGUUCGGCAGCGGCCCCAGUGGUGGAAACAUUCCCAGCCAAGCGAGCAGCGGCUUCAGCUCCGCUGGCUCCAGCCAGGCGCUGGUGAAACCCCACGGCGUGACCUCCAUCAGGCAGGUCAAUGGACAUCACGCGCACGAAGAUGACCAUGUGAAACAUCACGAUGGACAUUACGCAAAGCAUCCCGGUGUCUUUACCAAACAUCUUGGAGUUCAUCACGGAAAGCAUCACAGUCAUCCGCUGUUCAACAAACCCAGUCAUUCGAUUAUCACCAAACCAGGCAAUCCAGGCUUGGAUGCUAUCAGCUCUAUGUUUUCCGGUAACCCUUUUCUGCACCAGGCUGGUAACCCGUUGAAGCAGCUGGCGGCUGGUCUCAGUGGGCACGGGGCCGUGGGUGGCCAACCGGGCCUGUCGUUCGGACACGGCCAUACAUCAGGAGGUUGCUGUGGGCAGCAGGCUCAGCAUGCCGGAGCAAUAAGUCAGACUUCUGGCGUUCCGGGCGGUGUGAAUCUCAGCAGCGCCAGCUCACACAGCUCCCAGGUCAGCGGACCGCUGGGUCUGCCCGGCUCACAGAGCAGCCACGCUAGCUCGGUGCAGUUCUCGGCCCCAUCUCACCCACUGCACACAGCGGGGACCGUCCUCCGCUCAGUCGGGUACGGUUAACAGUGUGAAAGGACCUGGCUAGGUCAGGUUGAAAGAUACUGUGAUAUUAUGGUGAGACAAGUUGUGUGUCCGUUGUGUUGUUUUGCUGUGCGCCCUGUGUGGCAGAAUAUGCGUCAAAUACAUUAGUAUAUUGUGCUUUA